GGUCCUGGUUCUGACCCGUCUCUGUGUCAUUCCAAGGUGAGUGUGCGUAACGUCUACAUCUUCCCUGGGAUCCCGUCUCUGUUGGAGAGAGCCUUCAACGGUCUGGAGCACCUGUUCGCUGGCUCAGGGACCACCUUCCACACACGAGAGGUGUUUGUGGAUGCAGAYGAGGCGUUGAUCGCCCCGGUGCUGACCCGCCUGCAGGCGGGCUGGGGGAAGAGGGCGGCUCUGGGCUCCUACCCUGACUGGCUCAGUAACUACCACCGGGUCAGGYUGGUGCUGGAUUCAGACAGCUYUGAGGAGGUGGAGAAGGCCCGGGCUCAGCUGCUGGAGGAGAUGCCCAAAGGCAGUGUGGUUCCCCUGGUCACGGACCCUGUGUCCAUCGCUACUGAGGAGGUCUACACACUGGCCAACAGCGGCACACCGCUGGGUGAUAAAGUGACAAACGCUCUGAAGACCAUAGAGACUGCUCUGGAUCAGUAUUCGGCAGGGGAGAUCUGUGUGGGCUUCAAUGGAGGCAAAGACUGCACUGCUCUACUACAUCUAUAUUACGCUGCACUGAAACGGCGGUAUCCGGAGGGUAAGGACAAGGUAAAGGCUCUGUACAUUCGCAUCGUCUCUCCCUUCCCAGAGAUGGAGAGAUUCCUCCAGGACACAAUAAAGAGGUAUGACCUGGAGAUUUUCUCAGUGGAGGGCAGUAUUCGGCAGGCAUUGAGUGAUGUACAGGAGAGGAGGCCGGAGCUGAGAGCUGUGUGUAUGGGCACCAGGAGGACUGACCCCUACUCACACACACUCACACCCAUGUGUCUCACUGACCCUGGAUGGCCGGACUACAUGAGGGUCAACCCCCUGCUGGACUGGACGUAUCAUGAUAUCUGGUCAUUCCUGAGGACGCUAUAUGUGCCCUACUGUAUUCUAUAUGAUAAAGGGUACACCUCAUUGGGCAGCAUGGACAACACAUGCCGAAACCCCGCUCUCCAAGUGGUGGAUGGGAGGGGCGUGAGCCGCUAUAGACCUGCCCACCUCUUGGAGAAUGAGGAAAUGGAGCGCGACUCACGUGAAUGAUGUCACUUCCUUGUUUGUAAUGUCAUGUCCUGAUCUU